CAAGCAACAAACAUAUUGCAGCAGCCUUAAACUAGCCGCCCACUGGGUCGUUUCGUCAUUGAUCCUACUUCUCGUCACAACCUGUCAGAAACCUGAGACCCUGGCUUCCUUGGGCUUCCUUAGCUAAACCCGACAUUUUGCACCGGCACGUUUAUUUGACAUUGGUUGCACCCAGCUCGGUAAGUUGCGAGCUGCGAGUACACAAACUGGUGUUCUUCUCCAACCAGCCAACCAGCAGUGCUGACUUUUGCCGUUCCUGCAGUAGCCCCUACUGCCCUCCAUCAUGGCGAAUUUACCCGGAUUCACCACCAACUUUCCCGCGGGAUACCCAACCUUUCAGACAGGGCGUGGUGGAACUUUUGCGCGCGGUAGCACCUCUUCAGGAGGCUCGCCAUCUGUCCCAAACGCAUCUUCCGAGCCGCACUUCGACAUCUUCGACUGGCACCCGGCGUAUCAGAGCUGCCAGCGCUACUUCCUCGACCAUGCUCAACACGAUAACGGCGUACAGGCCGUUUGCGCCCUCAUCAACAUCCGCCUGCCAUUCCAAUGGACACAAAAUCCCCUCAUGAACGCAUCAGGGCCGCUGCCGCACUCGUCGGGCGCUGCUGCUUACAACAUGCCUUGGCCCCGCCAGGGUCCUGUCACCAAUUCGCGAGGCCAGCCGGCCCCGGCAUGGGUGUCCCUUGUGCCCUUCAUUCGACGUCUCGUCAUCACAGGAAUGGACAGUCCAGGAAUCAUGCACGGCUUUUUCGGCGAGGACUGGAGGAAGGGAGUUGGCCCAAUGCACGAGUGUGAGCGUCGCAACUACCUCUUUGCAGCCAAGAGUGUGGGUUGGGCCAAGGUCAAAUGCCAGUACGACAUGUCGCCGCACGAGUCGGUGCCCUUCCUGAAGCCACUGCAGGAGGUUCAGCUGGCCGAGAUUGAGGGGGCCGAGAAGACGUGGAGUCAGUGGCUAGCCAUGGAGGACUGGAUGGUGGGCCCACGCGCACCGGAUGCGGACGACCAGCCACAGGAUGCUCGUCGCCGUCCAUCUUGAAGUUUGGCUUGGAGUAUGGCGUUGUUUAGUGCACGAUAGUGCUCGAUGGUCGUCAAGCAUCAUGGUCGUAAUCCGCGUCGCACCAAGACGUGCGUAGGUUUUUUUGGAUUUGCGAGAGCUAGGGUGAGCGGUCAGUGUUCAGCGAUCAGCACUAUGCGCCACCAGUACGCGGUGGUUGUACAUGUUUCACAACAUGAGCAAAACGUUUUUCAUUGUAAUGUAAACUGUUUUCGAUACCAUCAAUGUUAUGUUACUAUGUUAGUCCUGACGAUCUGUGUCCCUUCCACAUUCAUCUCCUUGCGCAUUCAACUCGAAUACAAUUUCUUAUUCGUGGCUGAUAGUACUAAAGGCCCGACGAGUGAUUUUCUUCUGCUGGCAAUACACGUGGAAAAAGUUCCAAGGUUCCAAAGUUCUGUGCGGCCCGCAUCCGUGGAUCGUGCCUGCCAAGAAGCUUCGGCCAGCCUCAGCUACCUACGAUUGCAUUUG